UAUAAUGAAACCCCAAGGAUUUGCAAAUGACUGCUCAGUGUUUGAUUCCAGCUUCUGCUCUUCGUCUCUUCCCUCUUCGCUCAACGUCUCCUUCAAGGAUCGGAGUUACCGAUGAUGUCGCCGUGGAGUGUCGGAAUCUUUGCUUCUCCGUCACGACAAGACAAGGACGAUCAGUUCCCAUUCUUCGGGAUUGUUCCCUUCGGAUUCCUUCUGGGCAGUUGUGGAUGAUUCUUGGCCCCAAUGGCUGCGGCAAAUCUACCCUUUUGAAGAUCUUAGCUGGUCUAGUGAAUCCAACCAGUGGCACAGCCACUGUGAAGAGGCCGAAGAGUUUUGUGUUUCAGAAUCCAGAACAUCAGGUGGUCAUGCCUACUGUUGAAGCUGAUGUGGCAUUUGGUCUUGGGAAAUAUGACAUGACAGAAGAAGAAGUUAAAUCUAGGGUGAUAAAAUCUUUGGAAGCUGUCGGUAUGCGUGAUUAUAUGCAGAGACCUAUUCAAACUCUCAGCGGAGGCCAGAAACAACGGGUUGCUAUUGCUGGUGCUUUAGCUGAAGCAUGCAAAGUGCUUUUGUUGGAUGAGCUCACAACCUUCUUAGACGAGUCUGACCAGAUGGGCGUGAUCAAGGCGGUGAAGGAUCUGUUGAACGCGAACAAGGGUGGAGACGUUACAGCGUUAUGGGUGACUCAUCGGUUAGAGGAGCUCGAAUACGCAGAUGGAGCUGUGUACAUGGAGUACGGGAGAGUGAUCAAGCAUGGUAAUGCAGCAUCGAUCUCUGAUUUUAUCAAGGCAAAACAAUCUGAAUACAUUGAUCAAAUCAAUUCUUGAACGGUUGUGUUGUUCCCUUUCUUUUGGGCGAAAAAUGAAGCAUAUAAUCAUCAUGCAAGAUAUGGUUCUCUGUGGAAGCUUUUGUUCAUGUUUCAAUCUGCUGAUAAAGGUGUAUUGUUAGCUGUGGAUUUACCUUGGGAUUGACCUCCUUUCCCUUGAAGUUAUUUGUUAAGCUCAUGGAGUCGGAUAUUGUUGUAUUUACGAAGCUUCAGUACAAGUGAAUUUUCCGUUUUAUUUUAUUCA